AUAAGAACAUAGUGAUAACACUAAUCCUAGAAUAAGAAAGAUAUAUAUAAUUCCACACUAGUCCUAGAAUAAGAAAGAUAUAUAUAAUUCCACAUAAAUUUUUGAGUAUAUCAAACCCUUUCUCCUAUAAUAAAUCAUGACACUCGUAACAAAUGUUUGCCAUCCCCAUUAGCCGCUUCUUUCUUUCAACAUAAAUUCUCACUUCAAUUCGUACCAAAAAAUCAAUUAUCAUGCCGAUGGAUUUAAUUCAUUGCGCCAUAAAUUAGGAAGCUGGGUGUUCAAUUAGUGUGGCAAUCGGAAAUGUCGAAUGUUGUAGUUUUGGACAACGGCGCCGGCCUAAUCAAGGCUGGUAUCGGCGGCGAAAGAGAUCCAACAGCUAUUGUCCCCAACAGCAUGGGCCGUCCACUUUCUUCCAAGAAAUGGCUUAUGGCUGACCAGCUUCUUUCCCCAGACGUCGACCUCACUUCAGCCACCGCCCGCCGCCCUUUCGACCGCGGUUAUCUUAUCAACCCUGAUCUCCAAUCUUCCAUUUGGUCUCACAUCUUCUCGAAUCUUCUCAAAAUUACUCCUUCACACUCUUCUCUACUUCUUACUGAACCCCUUUUCAAUCUCCCUUCCAUACAACGUUCAAUCGACGAAAUUGUAUUCGAAGAUUUUAAUUUUAAGGCUCUUUAUGUAUCAGAUUCCCCCUCUUUAGUUCAUCUUUAUGAAGCAUCUCGUCGCCCUUAUGGCCUUGUUUCUAAAACCCAGUGUAGCUUAGUUGUCGACUGUGGAUUUUCCUUUACUCAUGCUUCCCCGGUAGUUCAGAAUUUUACAUUGAAUUAUGCUGUUAAAAGGCUUGAUCUUGGGGGUAAAGCUUUGAGUAAUUACUUAAAGGAGUUGGUCAGUUAUAGAAGUGUUAAUUUGAUGGAUGAAAGUUUCCUUAUGGAUCAUGUUAAGGAGGAACUUUGCUUUGUCUCUUUGGAUCUUCCCAGGGACUUGCACAUUGCUAGGAAACCGGGGAAGGACAAUUUGUUUAGGUGUACGUAUGUUCUUCCCGACGGUAUUACACAUACUAAGGGCUUUUUAAAAGACCCUGAAGAACCAAAGAGAUAUCUCCCUUUGUAUGAUGAAGCUCCGCAGCAAGUAGCAGGGGAACAAAUUGAUAUGGAUCAGCUCGAGAACACUGACAAUUCCGAAGACAGGAACAGAAACAAUGGAUCAAAAAUUGAUUUGACAAAAAAUGAAUUUGGCUUAACAAAUGAGCGGUUCCUUGUCCCAGAGAUGAUGUUUCGUCCAGCUGACUUGGGACUGAAUCAGGCUGGACUUGCAGAGUGCAUUCAUCGAGCUAUCAGUUCCUGCCAUUCUCAUCUUCACCCUGUUCUAUAUGAGAGCAUUAUUCUGACGGGAGGCAGUACUCUAUUUCCUCAUUUUGCCAAAAGACUAGAAAUGGACCUUCGGCCUCUUGUCCCAGAUAAAUAUCGUUUAAAGAUCACAACUCAAGAAGAUCCUAUUCUAGGUGUUUGGCGUGGGGGAUCACUCUUGGCAUCAAGUCCUGACUUUGAUGCAAUGUGUAUCACAAAAGCUGAAUAUGAGGAGCUGGGAUCAGCAAGAUGUCGAAAGAGAUUAUUCCACUAACUUUUCUAGUUAACUGGAGAGGAGAAAUUCAGAUUUUAGGAUGAUAGUUGGCCUCUGCAGUUGCCAAUGAGCUAAAUACCCGAGGAAAUUAAAAAACAGAUUUGCUCUGAAAUGAUUCUUAUUCUAGUCUGUUUCUUAUAAAUAUUGCAGAACUCUCCUUGGUUGAAAUCUAACUUAUCUGCAAUGAAAUGUUGUUGGCAUCUUCAAUGUGAAUACUGGUGUCGCUCGUCCUUGAUUGUAGUAUGGGUGUUAUGUUGCAACUUGUCAAGGACAAGAUGAAAUUACACAUAUCAUUGGCUGUACGACUACGACAUGCGGAUCAAGACUGAUGGAACAACUUUGGUGAAUAUUUGUCUGAUCUUAUUGGAAAUGAUGAUAGGAUCAAAUGGACUAAGACAGUUUCUGAAUCAGUCAAACAAAUGAAACUGCUUCUGGUGAUUGCUUAAUAUUGUUAGCAGGACAAUAGAAUAGUUGAUUUUCAUGAUGGAUCUUUAGGAUGUGUAUGUACUCGAGACUAACUUUUUCUGAGUAAAUACUCAAUGUUUGUGCAUAACAAACUUCUAAUUUUUGAAAAAGUGUGGAUGGACUAACAGAGGCUUGAUACAUUAAUGAUAUGUAUAUAAGUUUUUACUCGCGUUUGAUUGAGCAUAAACUUCAAAGAAGAAAGCAAAAGUUUCAUGA